AUGGACCCUCUAACGUGGCUCUCGUUGGGGCUGCAGCUGGCGGCACUAUGCUCGAUAGUUGGCGCACUGCUGCUGUACCUGCUGCGUAAAGUUCGCGUGGCAGAGGUGCUGCCCACCGACAGUGCCAAGACUGUUCUCGUCACGUCCGUAGACACGGCGCUCGGCCUACAGAUAGCAACAUAUCUUAGCGAUCGCGGUUGGCGCGUUAUAGCCGGCUGUCGACCUGGUGGCCUGGGCGCUCGUCUUGCAGACUCCUGGCUACAGGCACAUGUUGCGGCCACUCCAGAAAAUCAACCUCCACCGAGGCUAGCAACACUUGAACUUGACGUGGCCCGGGAAGAUUUACUGGAAGAGGCUGCUAGAGCCACCGCACAACAUUUACCAGCCGGAGAACAUGGGGUGUGGGCGGUGGUGAACACGGCGGGCAGCAGCGGGCGCGGCGGCGCGUGCUGGGAGGCGGCGCUGCGCUGCAACGUGCUCGGCGCGCUGCGCGUCGCGCGCACCUUCGCGCCCAUGCUCGCCGCCGCCGCCGCCGACCACCCACACGCCGGACGCCUCUUCUAUAUCGGACUAACAUCGGACACGGCGUGCGAGAGUUUAUCCCGGGCGGCAGUAGGGGACUUGAACGAGUGCACCGCAGUAGCGGCUGCGGUGCGAUGGGGCACGUGGGGCGCCGCGCGGGCUCUCAGAACUUCACUGCGCACCCGGGGACUGCACGUUGUGUUGUUGCACACGCCGGACCUAUCUGCUGCGGAGAUCUAUGCGCCGCCAGUUCAACUCACCGCACCUAGUCAGCCUACCAGUCGGCCAGAUACUCCGAGCUCGGACGUAAGCGCCACAACCGCUAGCUGCGCGGUGACGAUGCCGGGCGAAGCGGCGGAGUACAGCGCGAAAGUUCUACCCACUGCAGCCCUGAAGCUGCUAGAAGAAGCUCUCACUUCACCGGCACCCAAGGAUGCUUACUACUUGAAAGUAAAGCAUGACUCGUGGUUCACUAGGAUGCCUUCCUUAAGGGUCGGCCAUUGA